AUUUGCUCGUUUUCUGUACUCACAAACUCUCUCUCUCUCGCGGCGACGAUCCUCCAUCUCCGCCCCGCCGCACAAGAGGUAGGGUUUCGGCAAUUGCUAAACUAUCUCUUCUCCUUGUCAACGUCUCUUCUAAAACCUAGCCAGCAGAGGCACAAAAAGAAAGUAAGGCUGACAUGAUGGAUUACGGGGCGGCCGAACAAACCGGCUUCGCCUUUUACGGCGACGACCAAGAGGAAGAUGAGCUCCAGUACGAGGAAGAGAACCAACCUGAGCUGUAUUCAGGAGGUGGAGAAGAUGCGGAACCACCGCCAAUUUGCAGCGCGGAUGAUAUUGCUGCAAGCCAAGAAUUGAAGCAUUCACUCAAUGAUUCUUCUUCUUCAGCUGGAAAGCUGUUUGUUGGAGGCAUUGCUUGGGAGACGUCUGAAGAAUCUUUUAGCAGGUAUUUCAGCAAGUAUGGAGAAAUAGUUGAUUCUGUAAUAAUGAUGGAUAAGGUUUCUGGAAGACCACGGGGUUUUGGAUUUGUUACAUUUGUUGAUGCAGAGGUGGCAAGCAAGGUUUUGCAGGAAGAACAUGUCAUUGAUGGUCGAGUGGUAGAAGUAAAGAGGACAGUACCUAGGGAGGACAUGCCACUCAGAGGAGUUUCAAAAACAAAGAAAAUAUUUAUUGGUGGUAUUCCAAUCUCUCUAACUGAAGGUGGAUUGAAGGAAUAUUUCUCUUCAUAUGGUAAUAUUGUUGAAUGCCAAAUAAUGCUGGAUCACAAUACUGGUCGGUCCAGAGGCUUUGGCUUUGUAUCUUUUGAUAAUGAAGAUGCUGUUGAAAAGGUUCUAUGUGAUGGACGCAUGCAUGAACUUAGUGGCAAACAAGUUGAAAUUAAGAGGGCUGAGCCAAAAAGAGCUGGUAUUGAUCAUCCAAGUGAAAGUAGAAUGUCUCAUGCUGGUGGUAGUAGUUUGAAUCCGUAUGGCAAUUUUAACAAUGUUGCAGAAGAAUAUGGUAGUGGAUAUGGUGGACAAAUGAGCAAGGGUUAUGGUGGGUUUGGUAGCUACGGUGCUUAUGGCCACUACAUGGGGAAUUAUGGCAUGAACUCUGCAGCAUUUUAUGGUGGGUAUGGUGGAUAUGGGUAUGGAUUUGGAUUUGGUGGUGCUAUGUAUGGUGCUGCCGGAUAUGGAGGCAACAACUAUGGGGCGGCUCCUGGUAAUUAUGGUGGUGCUAAAGGCCAUGGCAGUGGGUAUGAUGGCAGCAAAGGCCAUGGGAAUGUUGGGUAUGGUGCACCCAAGGGCCAUGGCAGGGGGGGAUAUGGAAACAAUGGCGCUGCAGGUGGAAGGUUCCAUCCUUAUAGGAAGUGAGACUUUUAAUUUCUUUCCAAUUCUAGUACCUGAAUCUGAAUCAGAGCUUUUAGUGAGGUAAUAGUUAUUGAGAUGAAGUUUAACUUUGUUUUGACUAACCACUGGGUAGAUGUAUUAGUAUUAGUAUGUGAUUUAUGAGGAAAGUACCACUGUACACUCCCUCCCUUAGAACCUAAUAAUUUCAUUAGUUUUGGGGGAA